AUGUCCCCGGCAUCGGCCACGACAGCCAGUGAGAGCAGCACCACCGCUGUUCCUGAGGACGAAGCUGAGAGUCCCCGCGAGGAGCAGCGGCCUCUGAAACAGUCCCUGAGCAAGUCUCUGUGUCGUGAGUCUCACUGGAAAUGCCUCCUCCUGUCCCUGCUUAUGUAUGGCUGUGUGGUUGCAAUGAUUUGGUGUCAUGUCACCAAAGUGACACGCCUGACUUUCGACAAUGCCUACAAAGGGAGGAUGUCCUAUCACGAGAGCCCCUGUUCCAACGGGUACAUCUACAUCCCCCUUGCUUUCCUUAUCAUGCUCUAUGUUGUCUACUUGGUGGAAUGCUGGCAUUGUUACAUUCGCAAUGAGCUCCAGUACAAAGUGGAUGUGGACAGUGUGGCAGAGAGGGUGCAACGCAUGCAGCAGGCCACCCCUUGCAUCUGGUGGAAGGCCAUCAGCUACCACUACGUGCGGCGCACGCGGCAGGUUACGCGAUACCGUAACGGUGACGCCUACACCACCACGCAGGUGUAUCACGAAAGGGUUAACACCCAUGUGGCUGAGGCUGAGUUUGAUUACGGCAACUGUGGCGUGAAGGACAUCUCCAAGCGCCUGCUGGGCCUUGAGAGUUUCCCCAUCACGAAGUUACGCUUCACAAAGUGUUUUAGUUUCGCCAACGUGGAGUCUGAAAAUUCCUACCUUACUCAACGAGCAAGGUUCUUCACAGACAACGAGGGCCUGGAUGACUACAUGGAAGCUCGCGAGGGCAUGCACCUGAAGAACGUGGACUUUAAAGAGUACAUGAUGGCCCUCUCAAACCCAGACCAACUCCCAUGGUACGCCUCUAACUGUGUCUUUUGGGUGGCAGCAGUGCUCACAUUCUCAUGGCCCCUGCGGGUGUUGACAGAGUACCAUACGGCGUAUGUUCACUACCAUGUGGAAAAGCUGUUUGGGUUUGACUACGUGCCCGUCACCCCCAUGGACGAGCGCCCCUAUUGCCACCGCAUCCCGCGGGUUAACACUAUCGAUAGCACUGAGCUAGAGUGGCACAUCCGUUCCAACCAGCAGCUGGUGCCUAGCUACUCAGAAGCGGUGCUGAUGGACUUGGCGCAGCUUUCGGGGUCUGGGACCUAUUCGCCGUGCGGCGGAGGAGCUGGUUUUGGAGGUUACCGGCAGAACUGCGAGCGUUGUCACCGCGCCAUCAGCAGCUCGUCAAUCUUCUCUCGCAGUGCCCUCAGCAUCUGCAACAGCAGCAGUCCACGCAUGCCCUUCAGCUCCAGCCGCUUCUCGCUGGGCCGUCUCUAUGGCUCACGUCGCAGCUGCCUGUGGAGGAGUCACAGCGGCAGUCUGAACGAGCCCAGUUGCCCCACUGAGAGCACGCACUGCCUGGCAGGCCCCCUGGCACCUGAAGACAGCCCACCCUCCCCUCCGACCUACCAGGACGCUCUGUACUUCCCAGUGCUGAUUGUGCAUCGCAACGAGGGCUGCCUCAACCACGACCACCGUUCACUUCACCGCAACGGCUCCUGCGUGGAGACGUCCUUAUGA